AUGGCAGGUUCAAUAACACGAGCCCUUAAUUGGGAUAAUGUGUAUGAACAACAAUUUAUUGCAGUCACACCCCAGGGAGAUGAAGUAAUAUUAUAUCAAACAAACCAUGAAAAUACAACAUCAGAAUCGAAUUCAAUGAUUCAAUUACUGUCAAGAACUGGGUUUGAUAAUAUUUCAUGUUCAUCUUACUCGAUAACAAAACAUGGUAUUAUUGGAGUUGGUUCUCAACAUGGUUCAAUUUCAAUAUUUGAUAUAAAUUCACCUACUUUACCUACUUUACAUCUACGACCAAAACAAAGUAGAUUAUGUAAUUCAAUUUCAUUUAAUAAUUCUAAUAAUAUUGUUGUUGGAUAUGAAAAGGGUAAAAAUGAUAAUGCAUUACAGAUAUGGGAUAUUGAAGAAUAUUCAUCAAACACUUUAAAUAAUAUACAUGGUAUAUCUAAUGAUAAACGUCCCGUGUCGUCAUAUAUUUCAAAUGAAAGUGUAUUGUCAGCAAUAUAUUAUACAAAUAGUUCAUCAAAUAUACUAUGUGGGACAAACAAAUACUUAAGAGAAAUAGAUACAAGGAUUGAACAACCAGUAUUUCAAUUAUCUACAAAAUGUACAAUGGGUAUAAUUAUAGAUCCAUUUCAAUCUCAUUUUUUCCAAUCAUAUAGUGAUGAUGGAUCAUUAUCAAUUUGGGACAGAAGAAAGUUAGGAAGUAAUCAAAAACAAAAAUCAUCAAGUUCAAAUUCAUCAAGUACUGUUGAAAGUCCAGUUUUACAUUUUAGUAAAUUAUUAAAUGAUUCUUCAUUGAACAAAAAUAUUAAUCCAUGUGUAAGAUACUCAACUACAAGAAGAGGUGAAUUUUCUGCUAUUUUCAAUGGAGAUUUAAUAAGAAGAUGGCAUACUGGUGUUGUCCCCGCAAGUAAAUCAAAUUUAACAUCAACUUCUUCUUCAACUGCAAAUUCAAAAUCAGCAGAUUCAUCAAUUUUACAAAGUUUAAAUCAACAAUCAUCACAAUUGUAUAAACCAAAUGAAGAAUCAUUAUUUGUGUCAAUGGUUCUAGAUAAUAAAACUGAUUAUGAAAAAGUUGUUUCUUUUGAUUAUUCACCAGAUAUUUUAUCAUUAACUUCAAAUAAUUUUGUUUGUAUGAGACAAUCGGGUACUGUAUUUAGAAUGCCAGUGGUUGAAUCAAUUGAAGCAAUGGAUUUCAAUCCUAGAAAUGAAUUUACUAUUGUUGGUCCAGAGGGACUCAUGACAAAUUUUUUAUCAACUGAUGAUAGUAAUCAAGAUGAUAUAUUACAAAAGACAAGAAAAACUGAUACACAGACUAAAUUUGGAAAUUUAUCAUUAGAUGAUAGAUAUAGAGAGAACAGUAGCAACAAUGAUGAUGAGAAUUUAGAUCCUGCUACAAGUACAAUUGAAGAUGGUAGUAUGAUUGAAAAUAACAGAAUAAAUAAUCAUAGAUUAUCAUAUGAUGAUGGUUAUAAUUAUCCAUUAAAUGCAUAUGUUGAUUCUAAUGCAAUUUAUAAAAAUGAUAUAUGUGUAAUAAUACGAAAAAGAGUUUCAAUGGGUUAUGGGAUAGAUCCAGAUAAAAAUAUUGAAAUAUUAGAAGAACUAGAUCCAAAUGAUAACCAACAAGCUUUAAGACAUGCAUGGAAAUGGCUUUCAUUAGCUAAAAAAUCUUUGGAAAAAGGAACAAUGAUUUCAGAAGGUAUUGAUUUGGGUUAUCAAGGAGUACAAGGAAUAUGGAAUGGAGUUGAUGCAUUAAAUAAUCAAAGUAGAGUUAUAUCAAAAAGUGAUAAAAUUAAUGAAGCUUGGUUUACUCAAGCUGUAAAAUCAAUAAUUUCUAGAAAAGGUAAAAAAUUUAUAGGUAUAAAUAUACCAGAAGAUAGUGAAAAAAAAUCUCAAAGAAAAUUAUGUUUAAUUGUAUCAGGUUGGUAUUUAACUGAAUCAGAAUUUGAAGAAAAAUUACAAUUAUUAAUUUCAAUGGGAUUUAUAUCAAAAGCAGCUGGUUGGGCAGUAUUUCAUGGUAAUGUUAAUAAAGCAAUUGAAAUAUUAAGUAAUUCAAAAAGAGAAAAAUUAAGAUUAAUGGCAACUGCAGUUGCUGGUUAUUUAGCAUAUAAAAAUUCUCAUGUAAAUAGUCCAUGGAAAGAUCAAUGUCGUAAAAUGGCAUCAGAAUUAGAUGAUCCUUAUUUAAGAGCUAUAUUUGCAUUUAUAGCAGAUGAUGAUUGGUGGGAUGUAUUAGAUGAACAUUCAUUACCAUUAAGAGAAAGAAUUGGGGUAGCUAUUAGAAAUUUAUCAGAUAAAGAUUUAACAGUAUAUCUUAAUAGAAUAGCAGAUACUGUUGUUCAAAAGGGAGAAUUAGAAGGAUUAAUAUUAACUGGUAUAACCCCUAAAGGAAUAGAUUUAUUACAAAGUUGUGUUGAUAGAACAAGUGAUGUACAAACAGCAGCAUUAGUUUCAACUUUUGCAUGUCCAAGAUAUUUUGUUGAUGAUAGAAUAAAACAUUGGAUAGAUUGUUAUAGAUCAAUGAUGAAUAGUUGGAGUAUGUUUAGUUAUAGAGCAAAAUUUGAUGUAAAUAGAACAAAAUUAUCUAAAACAUUUGAUGGUCAUAUAUCAAUAAAAGCAACUCCUAAACAAGUUUAUUUACAAUGUAUUAGAUGUAAUAAAAAUAUAUCAAAACCAAAAAAUAUUGCACUAAACAAUAAUUCAAUAUCAUCAUCAUCAAAUUCAAAUUAUCCAAAUUCUUCAACACUGGUUUCAAAUUAUAAUACAGUUAAUAAUCAAGUAUUAUUAAAACAAUUUUCAAAAACUAAUAAUAAAAAAAAUGAAUUAUUAAAUCUGUGUCCUCAUUGUGGAGCUCCAUUACCAAGAUGUUCAAUAUGUUUAAUGUCAUUAGGUUCAGAAAUUGAAACUGAUACUGCAUCAUCCCCUAUAAUAUCAUCUUCAUAUAUCAAUAAUAAUAAAGAAAAUAUUAAUAAAGAAAUUAAUAAUAAUAAUAAUUUAAAUUCUUCAUCAAUUAUAAAAAAAAUUGAUAAAAAUUUUAAAAAUUGGUUUAGUUUUUGUUUAAGUUGUAAUCAUUGUUAUCAUGCAUUACACGCAGAAGAAUGGUUUUCAACUCAUUAUGUAUGUCCUGUACCUGAUUGUGAAUGUCAAUGUAAUAGUAAAUAG